CUUCUUUAUAGGUCCAGUUAUCUUUGACUGUCAUAUAUGGACUCCCAAAAAUCUCCGAAGGAAACGAUCCUCAUUACUGGAGGAGUUGGCUAUUUUGGUUUCCGCCUAGGCUGUGCCAUGAACCAGAACGGAAUCCGUGUGCUUCUGUUUGACAUCAGAAGCCCUGCUCAAACCAUUCCAGAAGGAAUCCAGUUUAUACGCGGAGACAUUCGCCACCUCUCUGACGUAGAGAAAGCCUUCCAGGAUGUGGAUGUCUCGUGUGUGUUCCACACUGCCUCUUACGGUAUGUCAGGGCGGGAGCAACUGAAUCGAAACCUGAUCGAAGAAGUCAAUGUGAGGGGCACAGACAACGUCCUCCAGGCUUGCCGGAAGAGAGGGGUGCCACGGCUUGUUUACACCAGCACUUGCAAUGUCAUCUUCGGAGGUCAAGUUAUCAGAAAUGGAGAUGAAUCUCUGCCUUAUCUGCCUCUUCACCUCUAUCCUGAUCACUACUCUCGGACCAAGGCUGUUGCAGAGAGGAAGGUGCUGGAGGCCAAUGGCUCAGCCCUGGAGAGGAGUGACGGGGUGCUGAGAACCUGUGCUCUGAGACCAGCUGGCAUCUAUGGGCCUGGGGAACAAAGGCACCUCCCCAGGAUCGUGAACUACAUUGAGAAGGGCCUGUUCAAGUUUGUGUUUGGAGACCCCAAGAAUCUGGUUGAAUUUGUCCAUGUUGAUAACCUGGUGCAGGCUCACAUUCUGGCUUCAGAGGCCUUGAAAGCUGACAAGGGCCACAUUGCCUCUGGGCAGCCCUACUUCAUCUCAGAUGGCAGACCUGUGAACAACUUUGAGUUCUUCCGGCCUUUGGUUGAGGGCCUGGGCUACACAUUCCCAUCCAUCCGCCUGCCCGUGACCCUCAUCUACUGCUUUGCUUUCCUAACCGAGAUGGCCCACUUUGUUCUUCGUCGACUCUACAACUUCCAGCCCUUCCUCACCUGCACUGAAGUUUACAAAACCGGUGUCACACAUUACUUCAGCCUAGAGAAAGCCAAGAAGGAGCUCGGCUAUGAGGCUCAGGCCUUUGACUUUCAGGAGGUAGUGGAAUGGUUUAAAGCCCACGGUCAUGGCAGAAAUCCUAGAAGCCGUGACUCGGAGGGCCUUGUUUGGGACGGGCUGUUGGUCUUACUCUUGGUGACAGUGGUCUUCAUGUGGCUUUACCCUGUGAUUCUUUCACUGUGAAGGAAGAGCUAGAAAGCUAAAAACCAGGAGCUGAUCACACUUGAUGAGGUGGUUUUUCAAGAAAUGCUGGUUUUCAUAGAUAGAUAGGUAGAUAAGUAGGUAGGUAGGUAGAUAAUAGCUACCUGGUGCCAAAUUUGGGUUCCUCAACUUGCUACUUAGGAAUAGAUUCUUGGAUUAAGUCUUUAUUUCUUACCUCCUUGCACACAUCUGGAAGGGAGACAAUAGAAGCAAAAAUGAAUUUGAGAUUUCGUUCCUUGGGUCCUCCUUCUUUAGAUGUGUACAGUGGAAGCCAUUUUGAAGCCAUAGAGCUGAACUUCCUUAGAUGGGAAAUGUUUUACUUGAAUUUCUCAGAAGCCAAAAAUUAUUUAUUUCCGUUCCAUACACUCUGCCAAAACAUACACUGAAACGAGAAUGGCAAAAUGCUAACAGACUUGAGGCUGUGUGGAAAAACACCAAAUCGGGUUUGAUCCCUACAGCCUAGCCCUCUGAGAAGAUGAUGACGGUUGCAGGGGAGGCCUUUGCUAUUGACAGCAUACAUUUUGGGCCUUUGUGAUAGACGGGUAUUAUGCCUAUGUGACCUCAUGCUAAUGUGUGCCAUUGAAACAAACAGGCCUUUACCUUACCUCACAGGAUUCUUUUGAGGAUUAAAUUAGGGAAGGCAUAUCAAGUGCCACUCAACACACAUAAGCACACAUAUUUUUAUUCAUAUUGUUAGUCUACAUUCCUUAUAAGGGUUUUCUUCCUCGAGGUGUUCUGCUUAGAUGGUGCUAUUGCUACUGACCUUUCUGGAAUGCCUUUGUGGUGUACCCUUGGAGUCUGUAACAAGUGUGUUUAAAUAGAUGCAGUGUUUGUAAAGUUUUGGUCUCUGAGGAUAGAUUGAAGUGUAGGAAACAGCUAAAAAUCAGAGGAUUAAUGAGGAUACUGAAACUAAUGAUGCCAUUUGUAAUUAAAAAAUAGAGAGCAUCGCUCUCAACUAAUAGACUGGUUUUCUUACUGGGAGGAAUUUCGGUUCUCUGAAGGCCACUUCCAAUGAGGAAUGUUCUGAACAAUGGCGGCAUUGUCUAGCCACCCAGUGGGACUGCUGUGACACAUGUUCUGCUGCACCAUUGCAUAGGAACCGAAGUGGAAGGAAGACAGAGAGUCUUGACCCAUUCCAUGAUUACAGCUACCAGAAGGACAGUGUUCAAACAUCAUAAAAAGGAUGGAUUGCUGUGGAAGGUAAUGUUAGAGUCAUUCUGAGAGGAAGAGUAUACAAGAUGAACAGUCCCUGGUGCAUGUUGCCUGGGUGUUUUGGGAAAAGUGCUCAACUUGACCCCAGAAGACCUGUGACUAUGAAUAUCUUGUGUGGCCUUAACCAAGAGACUGAAGCUUCCAUAUGCCUCAGUCACCUCAUUUGGGAAACAAGAAUGACUAUAUCUGCCUCUUCUAUAAACCCACCUACCCACCUCACAGAUAAAACGAGACAUAUUAAAAGUACUAAUAAUAUAUAA